UGGCGCAUUUCUUCCUUCCUUUUCAUUCUCUCUCUCUCUUUCACGUGCACGCACACACGUACACAGAAGCUGAAGGGCGGGCGAGGAGACAAAGCCGCGAUGGCGGAGAGCGGGCGUACCCCGGCGGCGAAGAAGAGAGCGGCCGAUGCGACGGCCGACUCUGAGCAGGAGCCAGCGGCGGCGAGCAGGAAGAGGGCGGCGCUUGGAGAUAUCACCAAUUUACCCAAUCCGACCGCCGUGCCGGCGAAGGGCGGCGGCGGCGGCACCGCGAAGAAGACCAAAGUCAAGGUCGUCGGCGAGUCAACGGCCGCGGCAUCCGCUCCUUCGACGGCGGCAGAGGAGGGUGGCGACCGCGGAGUUGAUCCGCCGACGUGCGGAGCUUACGGUCCCGACAUCUUUCGCUACCUUCGCAACAUGGAAAUGGAGCUGAAGAGGAGACCAUUGCCUGAUUACAUUGAGAAAGUUCAGAAUGAUAUGAGUCCCAAUAUGAGAGGGAUUUUGGUGGACUGGAUGGUGGGGGUUGCCGAGAAGUACCAGCUUUUUCCGGACACCUAUCGCUCCAUCUCUUACAUCGAUAGGUUCUUAUCUUCGAAUGCUUUGUCUAGUCAAAAGCUUAGGCUGCUUGGUGUUUCCGCGAUGCUCAUUUCCUCAAAGUACGAGGAAGUCAAGCCUCCUCAUAUAGAAGAUUUCCGUUACAUGACAGACGACAGUUAUACUAAAGAAGAGGUGGUUCAGAUGGAGGAGGAUAUAUUGAAGGCUCUGGACUUUGAAUUGGGCAAUCCCACAAUAAGGACAUUCCUAAGAAGAUUCAGCACAGUUGCUCAAGAAGGUCACAAGAACUUGCAGACUACGAAUUUGAAACUGGAGUUCUUGGGCUACUACCUUGCCGAGCUAAGUUUGUUGGAUUACGCCUGCGUGAAAUUCUUGCCAUCUGUUGUUGCUGCAUCUGUCACGUUUUUAGCAAGAUUUAUCGUGCAACCAAACACUCACCCCUGGACUUCAAGCCUACAGAGGUAUUCAGGGUACACAAUGAAGGACUUGAAAGAGAGCGUUCAGAUCAUACACGACUUGUACCUGGGGAGAAGAGGAGGCUCCUUACAAGCUGUACGAGAAAAAUACAAGCAACACAAGUUUAAAUGGGUAGCGGUCAUGCCUUCUCCUCCAGACAUCCCAGCGUCUUAUUUCAAAGAUGUCAAUAAGUGAUCAAACAAAUGUUGGGUUGGGUAUAUGUUGGUGAACCGAUAUGGCAGCAAAUAUUUGCAAUUGGCUAUGCACCAAGCAAGUGUAACAACAUACAUGGACCACCAUAUGUUGCCGGUCAUAGCAGAAAAUACUGAUGAGGGAAACUAUGUUGUCCAUAAUACAAGGAACUGCCAACAUUUUAUUUUUAUCACGAAGGAGCUGCUAACAUUGAUUUAUAGAGUUUUCCAUGAGAAGGGUUUGCAUUGAUUUCAUCAGCAAACAAA